UAUUCCUUUUUCCCUCACCCAAAAACCAAUCUAAUAAAACAUUUCAGCCUCCUAUUUACAGACUUCAGCAAACACAGAGCACACUCUCAUGGCGUCCAAUCCAAUUCCUCCUCCAUCAUUCAGACCACCAAGAACCGACCCAUUAACCCAAAAAAAUCUCAUCAUACCCGGGUCCAAAUCCAUUGACCCGAAUUCUUCACUGAAUCUUGAGAAGCUAAAGGAGAAAGAAGCAAAAGAGAGAAAAGAAGAAACCAAUAAAAAGAUAGCUUCACAAAAAGCCAUAUCCAUAAUUCUACGUAGAGAAGCUACAAAAGCAGUUAUUGAGUAUAAGAAGAAAAAGGGGAAUUCUAAGAAGCUUUUGCCACGUACUGUUCUUGAAGCUCUUCACGAACGUAUUACUGCUUUGCGUUGGGAAUCUGCUCUCAAGGUCUUUGAACUCCUCCAGGAGCAGCUGUGGUACAGGCCCAACGCGGGUAUUUAUAUCAAAUUAAUCGUCAUGCUUGGGAAAUGUAAGCAACCCGAAAAAGCUCAAUCCCUAUUUGAGAUGAUGGUGGAAGAAGGCUGUGUCGUGAAUCAAGAAGCUUACACUGCUCUUUUGUCUGCCUAUAGCCGCAGUGGUCUUUUUCACAAAGCUUUUUCUAUCCUAGAAGAGAUGAAGAACACUCCAAACUGCCAACCCGAUGUCUUCACAUAUACCAUCCUGAUGAAGUCCUGCCUUCAGGUUUAUGACUUCGAUAAAGUGCAAAUCCUGCUUUCGGACAUGGAUUUUAUGGGAAUUAAACCCAAUACAGUAACAUAUAAUACACUCAUUGAUUCCUAUGGCAAAGCAAAAAGGUUCAAAGAGAUGGAAUCCACACUUGUUGAAAUGCUGCGGCGAAGAGACUGCAAGCCAGAUGUGUGGACCAUGAACUCAACAUUGAGAGCAUUUGGUGGCAGUGGGCAAAUAGAAAUGAUGGAAAAAUGCUACGAGAAGUUUCAGAGUGCUGGAAUUGAACCAAGCAUUAAGACAUUUAACAUACUCUUAGAUUCAUAUGGGAAAACAGAAAAUUAUGAGAAAAUGAGUGCUGUAAUGGAGUUUAUGCAGAAAUACCAUUUUUCAUGGACGAUAGUUACCUAUAAUAUCGUAAUAGAUGCAUUUGGAAGGGCUGGGGAUUUAAAGCAGAUGGAAUUUCUUUUUAGGCUGAUGCAGUCUGAGAGGAUAAAACCAAACUGUGUUACUCUUUGUUCACUUGUAAGAGCAUAUGGGAAGGCUGGUAAAGCUGAAAAAGUCGGAGCUAUUUUGCGAUUCAUUGAGAAUUCUGACGUGGCGCUUGACACAGUGUUUUUUAACUGCCUAGUGGAUGCGUAUGGGAUGAUGGGAUGCUUUGUGGAGAUGAAAGGGGUACUUGAGAUGAUGGAAAGAAGCGGAUGUAAGCCCGAUAAGAUAACGUACAGAAGUAUGAUUAAAGCCUAUUCAGUAAAUGGAAUGAGUAGCAAAGCGACGGAGAUGCGAAACCUACUUGCCUCAUUGGAAAAGGCGCGAUAGCUUCUUAGUUCAAAGGGCUAGGAAUUCCAAUGGACAAGAAGGUGUUUUUACGAUCACAUGCCUUUGGUACGAUAACUUCUGAGAUGCCGUUGUUGUGGCUUCAGAUAGAGGUGCAAGAGUUCUCAGUCGCCUCAGUGUUGAACUGAAUACUGUCAGCUAAGGAAAAGGAUUGUCACUAAACAGCUUAAUUUGCCAAUGAACACAAUCAGGUAAAUUAUUCAAAGUGCCUUGAAGAUAUACAACCAGGUCUGGUGUACCCUCUCUUUUGCCCUUUCAAUCCCAUAGGAUUCAGUGCCUAAAAUCUUGUUUUUUCCUGCAUAAAAUUUAUCCCACACCAUCAUAGAUUGUCCAAUAUAAGACACUGUAGUAUGGUUGUUGUUAGAUCUGUAUGUAAAUCGUCUAAUGGUAAUUUUUCCCAUUGAUCUUUUACCUGGAAAUUUGUACUGACAAAUAGGGGAGACGGACAAAAUACCUUUUUCGACUUAUAUAUGGAUUCCCAUGAACUCAUUUUGAUUUGCAGUUAUUUGUCCAUCAGCUUUGGUAUUUAUGCUGAGGUAAAUCAUGGUUCCAUUGCUCUGCUCAUUAUUUGUGUUAGUUUUUGUGAAAAUCUACCCGUGCGUUGUUCUUGGUCUAUGGAAAGCAUUUUGAUUCAUUUUCUGGAAACCAAAGAGCUUUAAUAAACGAGCCCUAUUGCUCCCAUUUUAUCAGUUUGUUGUUGCCAUGUUAAGUGCAAAAGUUGGUUUUCCAUACUAUGAGAGAACCUGUACUACUUUUUUUAGCAUUUGACCUCUGUGUUUUGAUGUCUCUGAAAUGUGUAUUUAAUGAUCUUGUCAGCUGGAACUGGACUGUGGUUGAGAGGAGCAGUCAAUGCAGCUUAGACCACCAACACAGAAUCAGUUUUCCAAGGCCAAGAUUAUGCUAACUUAGGCUUCCAUCCGUCUCUUGAGGCUCAAUUGAAGCAGCAGUCAAACAAUUGUCUUUCUCAAAUGUGCCUAAGAAAUAUUCACUAUGACAAACAACAACAAACCGAGUGAGGUAAGGUAGUGCUUACGCAGACCUUACUGUCAUCGUGUGAAGGCGGAGAAAUUGUUUCUGAUAGACGCUGAAUUAGGAAAAGCAUAGUCACAACAUUGUUGAACUAUUCACUAUGGCAAAAUCAUAGUUAUAUCUUUGAAUGAUUA